UUCAAAUCUAACAACAAUGGAGAACGGAAGUGGUAGUGUUGCUGGGAGCGGUACCUCCAUUGAGAAAAUGUACCAAAAGAAGUCUCAAUUGGAGCAUAUUCUAUUGCGUCCCGAUACGUAUAUUGGUUCAGUGGAGGCCGUUACCGAAACCAUGUGGGUGUAUAACGAAGAAAAAAAUCGCAUGAUACAGCGGCAAGUAACGUAUGUGCCCGGAUUGUAUAAGAUUUUCGAUGAAAUUCUUGUAAAUGCCGCCGAUAACAAACAACGCGACAAAUCAAUGAAUACAAUCAAGAUUGAUAUUGACGCAGAAAAGAAUACCAUCUCAAUUUGGAAUAAUGGACAAGGAAUACCGGUUACCAUUCACAAGGAGCAUAAAAUGUAUGUGCCAGAGAUGAUUUUUGGUCAUCUGUUGACUUCGUCGAAUUACAACGAUGAUGAAAAGAAAGUGACUGGUGGACGCAAUGGUUAUGGCGCAAAGCUGUGUAAUAUUUUCUCCACAAGUUUCACUGUGGAAACAGCCACUAAGGAGUAUAAGAAAAAUUUUAAACAAAUUUGGGCUAACAAUAUGUCGAAAACCACACCGCCAAAGAUCAAGGAAUUUGCUGGUACUGAUUUUACACGAAUUACAUUCAGUCCUGACUUGUCUAAGUUCAAAAUGGAAAGACUCGAUGAUGAUAUUGUGGCUUUGAUGUGUCGUCGUGCUUAUGACAUUGCCGCCGCAACAAAAGGUGUAGCUGUGUAUUUGAAUGGCAAAAAAUUGCCAGUAAAGAAUUUUAAAGAUUACAUUGACUUGUAUGUAAAGAAUACUGAAGAAUCUGGACAACCAAUAAAAAUUGUUUACGAACAAGCUGGUGAACGUUGGGAGGUGGCAUGUUGUCCUUCAGACAAUAAUUUUCAACAAGUCUCUUUCGUCAAUUCAAUCGCCACAACAAAGGGUGGACGACACGUUGACUAUGUAGUUGAUAUGAUCACCAAACAAUUAAUUGAAGUUGUGAAGAAGAAGAACAAAGGUGGUAUUAAUAUUAAGCCGUUUCAAGUAAAAAAUCACAUGUGGGUGUUCAUUAACUGUUUAAUCGAGAAUCCCACAUUCGAUUCGCAAACUAAAGAGAAUAUGACAUUGCAAUCCAAAAGCUUUGGAUCCAAAUGCGUUCUAUCAGAAAAAUUUAUUUCGAACGUAUCAAAGUCUGGUAUUGUCGAAGCAGUAUUGUCUUGGGCAAAAUUUAAGGCGCAGAGCGAAAUCGAUAAGAAGGGUGGCAAGAAAUCGUCCAAAAUAAAGAAUUUGCCAAAGCUUGAAGAUGCGAAUGAAGCUGGAAAAUCCAAUUCAUAUUUAUGUACACUUAUCUUAACUGAGGGAGACUCAGCCAAAUCUUUGGCUGUAUCCGGUCUUGGAGUUAUUGGACGUGAUCUGUAUGGUGUAUUUCCGUUGCGUGGUAAACUUUUGAAUGUACGCGAAGCUUCCUUUAAACAACUAGCUGAAAAUGCUGAAAUCAAUAAUCUUGUGAAGAUUAUCGGUUUGCAAUACAAAAAAAAAUACACGACCGUUGACGACUUGAAAACUUUACGUUAUGGCAAAGUAAUGAUAAUGACGGAUCAGGAUCAGGACGGUUCACAUAUAAAGGGACUUCUAAUUAAUUUUAUACAUACCAAUUGGCCAGAAUUGCUGCGUCUGCCAUUCCUUGAGGAAUUCAUUACGCCGAUUGUCAAAGCUUCCAAGAAAGAUCAUGUACUAUCCUUCUAUUCGCUACCAGAGUUCGAAGAAUGGCAGAACGAUACGCCAAAUCAUAGCACAUACAAUGUCAAAUACUACAAAGGUUUGGGUACCUCUACUUCUAAGGAGGCUAAAGAAUAUUUCCAAGACAUGGAACGUCAUCGGAUCACAUUCAAGUAUGAUGGUAGUGUCGAUGAUGAUGCCAUUGUUAUGGCUUUCUCAAAAAAACAUGUAGAUGCGCGUAAGGAAUGGUUAACAUCGCAUAUGGACGAAGUGAAGCGCAGAAAGUUACUCGGUUUACCGGAACGCUAUCUGUACACCAAGGGCACCAAGCACAUUACCUACUCGGAUUUUGUUAAUCUUGAAUUGAUACUCUUCUCAAAUGCUGACAAUGUUCGUUCCAUACCAUGCCUCGUAGAUGGAUUUAAGCCCGGUCAGCGAAAGGUCAUGUUCACAUGUUUUAAACGUAACGAUAAACGCGAAGUCAAAGUGGCGCAAUUGUCUGGCUCAGUGGCUGAAAUGUCUGCCUAUCAUCACGGCGAGAUGUCGCUUCAGGCCACCAUUAUUAAUUUGGCACAAAAUUAUGUUGGGUCGAACAAUAUUAAUUUAUUGGAGCCUCGCGGUCAAUUUGGUACACGUCUACAAGGCGGAAAGGAUUGUGCCAGUUCUCGUUAUAUUUUCACUCUGAUGUCACCAUUAACAAGACUUAUAUUCCACCCCUCCGACGACCCACUACUAACUUAUGAAGUCGAUGACGGACAAAAGAUUGAACCGACAUGGUAUGUGCCAAUAAUACCGAUGGUUUUGGUGAACGGCGCUGAUGGUAUUGGAACUGGUUGGUCCACAAAGAUUUACAAUCACAAUCCUCGCGAUAUUCUACAGAACAUUCGGAGAAUGUUGGCCAAAGAGGAACCCUUACCAAUGCACCCAUGGUACAAGAAUUUCAAGGGUAGCAUUGAUUACGUUUCUGAUGGCCGCUACAUUUCAUCCGGUAACAUACAAAUUGUUCAAAACAAUAAAAUAGAAAUCUCUGAGUUACCUGUUGGUACUUGGACCCAAUCGUACAAAGAAAGUGUACUGGAUGUGCUUUCCAACGGCGAAAAAAAUAAAGCUGUUGUGGCCGAUUAUCGAGAGUAUCAUACUGAUACAACAGUUCGAUUUGUGAUUACAUUUACACCUGGUGAAUUCGAACGUUUACAAGAAGAGGAUGGCGGCUUUCAUCGCGUAUUCAAAUUAACGUCUUCAAUGUCCACUAAUCAAAUGCACUGUUUCGACCAGAACAACUGCUUACGCCGUUUCCCCACCGCGAUAGACAUUCUGAAAGAGUACUUCCCAGUGCGUUUGGAAUUUUAUAACAAACGCAAGGAAUAUCUAAUGGGGCAGUUGACUGCUCAGGCGGAACGUUUGACCGAUCAGGCCCGCUUCAUAAUGGAAAAAUGUGAUCGCACGAUUGUUGUUGAGAAUAAAAAGAGGAAAGUCAUGAUAGACGAGCUGAUCAAGCGUGGUUAUAAACCUGAUCCUGUGAAAGAAUGGCAACGCCGCAUAAAAAUGGAAGAUGAGGAGGAACCGGAUGAGGAAGAAGAAGAGGAAGCGCAGGACACUACAUCUUCGACAGUAAAGAAAGAGAAAAAACCUGGCGAUCCAGAAAAGGCAUUCAAUAAAUUAACCGAUGUCAAGAAAUUUGAUUAUUUGCUCGGAAUGUCCAUGUGGAUGCUUACGGAAGAGAAGAAAAAUGAAUUGUUGAAGCAGCGCGACAUAAAGUUAGCAGAGCUUGCGGCUCUGAAAGCUAAAACUAUUGAAGCAUUGUGGCUGGACGAUCUAGACGAUUUGGAAAAGAAACUUGAUGAACUCGAAGAACGUGAACGCCUAGAGGAAUUGGGCAUCAAUAAAAAACAGGCAAAGGCCUUGUCUGCUAAAGCUAAAGCGUUGACUGGUACUUUGAAGAAGCGUGCUGCUAAGGGCGGUAAUGAUAACAUUUUCCCAGAUCCCCAUGGAGUUAAGAUUGAAUUCAAGGUUACCGAGGAAAUAAUGAAGAAGAUUUCAACUGCGGUGGCGGCAGCCUCCAGACCGAAAGUUAAGAAAGAAAAGGUAGAAAAAGGUGCGAAAGGCGCCAAGGGCGAUGAAAUUGAUGAGUUUGAUGCAAUGGUUGAAGGUGGUGCUAAGGGGCCGAAAGGUUCGCCUGAAGCUAUGAAAAAGACAAAGGCUAAGGCAGCAGGAGCUGAUGGGGACGGGGAAAAGAAAAAGAAAGUUCGCAAACCGAAAGCAGAUGGAUUGAAACAAUCUAAACUAAACUUCGGCAAAGGGCGUAAAAAGAAGCGUGGAUCUUCGGACGAAGAAGAUUUGGCAUCAGGAAGCGAUGUCGAAAUGAAUGUUGCAGUUGCUCCACGCGCCGACCGACCGGGACGAAGGGCAACUGCCAAGAAAAUCAAUUAUUCUGGCCUUCUAAACAGCGAUGAGGAACAAAGUAGUGAUGGCGAGCUAGUGUUCAGAGAUAAUGAAGGUGUCAAAGAACACUCACAUCACGUGGCACAUAUGUCAGAUGCCGAAAAUGGAAGCGAUGCGCAAAUUAUCAGUGACUCGGACUCCACACCAGCCAAGAAAAAACCAACAGCGAAACGUCCACGAAAGAAGGCGAUGACAAGUGAUAGCGACAGUGACAAAAAGAAAAAGAAGAAAAGGAUUGUUGUCUCCGCCAGUGAGGAUGACGAUUCGGAUUUUGAGUGAUAAGCAUAUUCAACUUAAUACUAAAAAUAAGAGUUGUGCAAAUGAGUCUGUUAGAAAGAAAAUAGACGAGAGCCAAGAAAAGGUGGAACAAAGAAAAUGAAAAGAAAAGAAAAGUUUGAGUUAUCACACCAUAAUUUAAAUGUUUUCUAAACAUUCACGUUGUAUCAAUCGUCACUAUUCAUAUUCCCACCGCCUACCCUUAAUAGCACGUGCAUUCAAGCAAAAAUAUCGGAUUCAAAAAGGAUCAUUGGAUUACGUUCAGCAUUUCCCUGAACCCAUAUUGUGUAUCACAAUUUAGAAUAUUGCUGGUUUAUUUUCGUUUUAAAACAAUAAGCAUAUUCUUUUUAUUAAAAACAUCUAUCGCAUCCUGCAAAAAGAAUAGCAUAUUUCUGUUACCUAAAUUGGUUUUUAUAUGUUCGUAUUUCAAUGUCAAUAUUUCAAUUUACAAUUAAACUAAUAAUUGCGGUUGUCGCCUUUAAAGACCGGAUGAAAUUAAAUCGUUUGUCUUUGCCUCUAGAGCACUUGUUUAAGUUUUUUUAAGUAUUUUCAAGAUUUAGAUUUUAAAUGUAAAUAUAAAUGAUUUAACUUAAAAUGUCCCUUUUCGGCUUAUUUGCGUGAAUGUUCCAUGAAACAUGCAAGCUACAAGCAUGUGAAAAGAAUGCAUAUUUUAAUAGUAUUUUUAUGAGAACUAUCGAAACAAAUUGAAGAGUUUGUAUCGGAAAAAUACGUUUUUUAUAAAUUCAUGUUUUCGCGUAAAUUUUACUUUUUUGUGUAUUUCAACAAUUAGUGAAACUCACAAAAGUUUGGGUAACAAUUUCCAUUCGAAACCAAAUUUAACUUACAUUCUCGAAAUAUCCAUAAGAUAUAUGUAUUAAUGUAACUGAAAAAUCCACAGACGGAUUUGAAGAUGGAACAUUGCACAUAUUAUUAAGUAUUACCAAUUAAGGUUAUACUUAAACACUAUCACUCAAUAUACUACAAAUAAAAUACAUUUUAUUAAAGCCAAACAGAAAUGAGCUGA